ACUGCAGGGCCGGCCGGGUGGGCGGGACACACCCAGUGCGCACGCGCAGCACCCCGGCCCGGAAACAGCGCAGGGUCUGCUAUGGCGGCGGCAGCCGAGGGCGUCCUGGCGACCCGGCGUGAUGAGCCCGCCCGAGACGAUGCCGCCGUGGAGACAGCUGAGGAAGCAAAGGAGCCUGCUGAAGCUGACAUCACUGAGCUCUGCCGGGACAUGUUCUCCAAAAUGGCCACUUACCUGACUGGGGAACUGACGGCCACCAGUGAAGACUAUAAGCUCCUGGAAAAUAUGAAUAAACUCACCAGCUUGAAGUAUCUUGAAAUGAAAGAUAUUGCUAUAAACAUUAGUAGGAACUUAAAGGACUUAAACCAGAAAUAUGCUGGACUGCAGCCUUAUCUGGAUCAGAUCAAUGUCAUUGAAGAGCAGGUAGCAGCUCUUGAGCAGGCAGCUUACAAGUUGGAUGCAUAUUCAAAAAAACUGGGUAACCAUUUUUACUUCUGUUUUGAUGUAAUAAAGAGUGCUUCUUGCCAGCAUAUUCUUAGUAAACAUAAUAGUUAACAUUUAUGGUGUGCCUACAGUGAUCUAUUAAUCUUCACAAAACCUUAGUAAUUUAUUAUUGUAUUAAUAAACAUAACAUUUCCUGAUUACUUAAUGACAUAUCAGGCACUGUUCUUGGUGCUUUACCUGUAUUAUGUUUGGUUUUUGUUUUUGGUUUGUUUUUUUUUGAGACAAGUUUCACUCUUGUUGCCCAAGCUGGAGUGCAAUGGUACGAUCUCGGCUUACUGCAACCUCUGCCUCCUCGGUCUGGGUUCAAGCGAUUCUCCUGCCUCAGCUCCCCGAGUAGCUGGGAUUACAGGCGCGCCACCACGCCUGGCUAAUUUUGUAUUUUUAGUAGAGACGGGGUUUCUCCAUGUUGGUCAGGCUGGUCUCGAUCUCCCAACCUCAAGUGAUCUGCCCACCUCAGCCUGGCCUGUAUUAUGUUUUUUUAUCUUCCCAAUAAUCUGUGAGGUAAGUACAUGAUUUUUUUUUUUUGUACUUUUAGUAGAGACGAGGUUUCACCAUGUUGGCCAGGCUGGUCUUGAACUCCUGACCUCAUGAUCCGCCCGCCUCAGCCUCCCAAAGUGCUGGGAUUAUAGGUGUGAGCCAGCAUGUCUGGUUCAAGUACAUGAUUUUUAUCCCCAUUUUGUAGGCAAGGAAACUGUGGUUUAAGGGGAUAAGUAAGUUGCUUAAGGACACUAAGCCAGUACAGGGAAGAGCCAUAUUUCUAAGCAGGUCUGUUUGCUUACAAAGCUCAAGUUCUUAUUUAUAGUUGAGAAGGCAGAAGCACCCUUAAUAAUGUAGAUAAAUAUGUCUUAAAUGAAUAGUCAGUUGAGGAUUUUCUUGAAAGAUCACUUUUCCUUUGAGGAAGAAACUAGUAUUUUUAGUACUAGUGGUUUGCUAACUGGCUCUGGCUCUUACAUACAUGGUUAAAAGUAAAGAAUUUAGUGGGUUUUUUGUUGUUGUUUUGUUUUUUUUCCUAUAGGAGAUGAGGUCUUGCUGUGUCACCCAGGCUAGGGUGCAAUGACGUGAUCAUAGCUCACUGUAGCCUUGAACUUCUGUGCUCUAGUGAUCCUCCUGCCUCAGCCUCCUGAGUACCUGGGACUAUAGGUGUGCACCAUCACAUCCAGCUACUUUAAAAAAUUUGUUUUUGAAACAAGGCCUUGCUGUGUUGCCCAGGCUGGUCUCGAACUCAUGGCCUUAAGCAGUCCUCCCACCUCAGCCUCUCAAGUAGCUGGAAUCACAGGCCUGAGCCAUCACAUCUGGCCUGAGUUUGUUUUUAUCCUUAUAACAUUUACAGAUUAUUUUAUUUUCAUCAUUUAACAAGGGCUGACUACUUCAAGAAAGUAGUUUGUAGUAGGCUGGGAUUUGAUAUGGGUGGUGAUUAACAAUCAGUUUUAUUUUCUACAGUUACAUUUAGCCAGUGAUUACCAUGAACCUUACCGCAUAGAAGGCAGGGGUAACCUUACCAUGUAGAAGGUAUCUUGGUUCACAGUAACCAUUUGUGACAGAGUCCCUUUUUCUGUUAAAAUUGUGAAACCAGGUGCUUUCAUGGUUUUAAUAGAAAAACGGAAUGUCACAGUAAGAGGCUUAUUUGAUGGCCUUUUAAAUCUCUGUAUCUUUCAAAAUUGCUUUCCUGGAGUAAGGUGUAAGGAUAAGAACAUACAGGAGGAAACACACAUUUAUACUUCCUGAGGGUUCCAGUCUGGUUCCAGAGGGCACCUGGGACAGUGCUGAGAGAGGCAGUUUUUUAGUAAGGCUCCCGAUAGGUCAAGUGACAGAUCUGCCCCAUCCUGGUGGAGCUGUCACAGCUAAGUAGGUGCUGUUGACAGGGUGAGGACUUCAUGAACCUGUGUUAGGCUCUCAAUUCUGAGUGUCUGUGCUUGAAUUCUUAUUCCAAGUUUUACAGAUCAGUGAUCUGUAUAUUUGGACAGAUGAUGAGAUUGAAGCUAAUAGAUUUUUAGCAAUAUUAUACAUAUUUUUUUAACUUGACUGGAAAUGCUAACUAAAAACUGUCAUUGUAAGAGCCAGUUUUAAAAGAUGUAACUCUCCCUCAUCCCUCACAGAAGCCAAGUACAAGAAGCUGGAGAAGCGAUGAGAAACUUAUUUCUAUGGGACGGAGUCUUUUUUUUUUUAAUGUUGAAGAAUGUCUUAUAAAACCUGAAUCCUGAGGCUGAUGAAUUGUGAAAAUUCCUCAAAAGGAAAUUAUGCUGGUCAUCCCAGGAACAUCUCAAUGUUCGAGUAAACUGGAGGACUGUGGCUAUUCCUGAACCUUCUUUGAGGCAGAAUCCCUCAGAAUCUCACACUUAUAACUCCCUACCUUUUACUUGAAUGCUUUGCCAUAUUCAGGACAGAGACUCUCACAAAGUUCAGAAAACAGCUGGACUUACCAGUAAAAUCAAAUGAGAGGACCUAUUUUCUCUGGUAGUGGUUGAUUACUACAUUAUUUUCUUAAGUGGCUGGUUUUUUAGUUACUAUGUAAAUGGUCGGUUUUUUUUUUUCUGUUAAUGAUGCUAAUGUGUUGUAAACAAGAUUCUAAAUUUAAAAAGGAAAACAAAACAAACUUGUUCUUUGCAGCUUAUCACCUUGUGAAUGUCGGUGACUUACUUUUCCAUAAUAUUGCAAAUAACAUAAAAUCUUAAAAUAAUUCCAAGCUGAGUCUUCUAGAUUGAGCAGAAAUGGUGAAAGGAGUAUUGAUAACUUGGCAUAUGUGAUGGGUCCCUCUUGUUUAUUUUCUAUGUGAAUCACAUUGACAUGCGAUCAGUUUGGGAAAUGUGAUGAAAACAAAGACUAAAUGGGUAUGUAUGUUUAUGUGUUGGGUAGGGAGGUGACGAUUGCCACUUAUAAAAUAAAGGAUUUUAUAAAAUA